AUGGACACGAUGAAGUGCGCGCUCAACUUGUCGAUCUCAUCGAAAUGGAGCAUGCUAUCUGGAACGCAACAAGCGAGGAGUACAAAGAUAAAGACUGUAAAAGUAUGGCAUAGGAGAGAGUUCUUUGAAUCGAUGUGCCAUCUCGGAUAUCAGCAAAGUUUAGCAGAACUGAAAUCGAUGUGGAAAGCACUCAAGGACACGUGGACAAGAAGGCGGGCGCUGCUUACUGGUUCGGGAGUAAAGAGCAAAUGGGUGUUCGAUAAUUCGAUGAGUUUUCUAGAGGAUCAGGAGUACCAUGGAGGAACGGUUUCAAACCUCACUUCUGCCGGAAGUUUCUGUCCUAGCGUGUCAAGAUCUGGGUCGCCAGCACUUCAUGAUCCCGCAACUCCCACAUCUGACCCUUCAGCGUAUAGCGGGCCACUGGCCGGAAAAAUCAGCAGAAAACGCAAGAGCGAUGAUGAGUUUCUUGAGAUGAAUUUAAUAGUCGAAUUAGCUGCGCCGAGGAGCCUCUUCCAGAGCCUCUGA